CCCACCGAUCAUAUUCGGUUCCAUUUCCUUUCGAACCUUCAGCUGUUCACAAUCGCAUCGCACGGAAAUGGCCGCUUUGUCCACUGUUCUCAUCAUCUGUGUCCUUUCCGUUCGGUACACGGGAGGUGUCAGAAAAACCUGGAUUCGCAAUACGAACUUCAACAAUCCAUACAACUGGGAUUUGGCAAGAGUACCCUGCUCGAACGACCGUGUCAUUAUUCCGAGCCAGAUAGAGUCUGCAAUACAACUCAAAGAUGGCAGCACAGUAGUGAAAGAAUUAGUGCUGCCAUCCAACGGCGAAAUCAUGUUACCACUUACCGGUUCUCUCCUCAUCACUGGAGACUUCCGUGCCAAGGAUAAAUGUCGUGGAGAAGAUAUCGUGUUCACAAGAAGUUGGUCGGCAGCUUGGCUGGACCCUGCUAACUGGAAGACGGAAGGACGGGUUACAACAGAUCCUGUACCCCAUCUGGAGCGCAUCCCUUGCACCCACGAUCACAUCGUUUUUCCAGAGGGCAGCACCUUCCGAGUGCAUCUACCGGAAGUGGUCGUUACUGUUGGCAGCAUCUCUUUACUCGGACAGGAGAUGAGCCCAAGUCAGUGGCAGGAGGCCCUGCUGUCGGAACCUGGAGAACGUCAGUUCGUGUCUGGCGAAGGGGACUACAUGCGGAUAAGCUCUGUAGUGAUCACAGGAGAGGAGUCGUGUCCUGACAAGGCGGGGUGCUCCUGCGCGGGCCACCCAGAGUUGCGAGCCGCUGUGUGCACACAUACCAGGGACCGCAAUGGAGACUGUUAUGACUCCAGACAGGCAGAGUGUAUCUCUCCUGUCCAGCCUCUUGGACACUGCUGUGACAUCUGCGGUGCUUACCUGCUGCUGGAGUACUCCGAGUCGAAGUUGGCACUGAACCAUCUCCGAUCUCUCCUAGACUCGUACUUGAGGCAGGAGAAGUACUCCAAAGUAGUGGGUCACAUUGGCAAACCUGCAAUGGUGGACGAUGCUCUUAGAAAUCGGUUACAGGUCGUUCUCAAAGACGUGGGAGGGUACAGAGGCGACUGCAACAACCUGGCCAACGUCUUCGCUUCAAGAGUCAGAAACAGUGAGUACUUUGGGGUGACGAGGGUCACUGUGUACACAGCUGGAGAGGCCAAGUACUUAUCCACCUGGGGGAGCGUUCUGGGUACAAUUUUUGGGACAUUUAUCGCUGCAAUCAUUGCCAUGGGAAUCAUCUACUUCGCCUUCAUAGCCCACCGUCAAAACUGGUGGGUGCUUCAAGCAGAACCCUUCUUAUUUGCUCGAUUUGAGAACGCACCGAGCGAGAGCGAAGAGGCACUGGAGAGCCGAGUAGAGGUGUUACCUGGAGGAUCCCAGCAGCCAGAUAAGUCCUGUUCCAGCCAGCCGCCACCUGCUGCCUUCGACAACCCCAUGUACGGAAAUACGAAGGUAGAGGAGCGGAAAGUGCUUCCCCGGGCAGAACCUGGCGAACACGUGACACACGAGAACCCCGUGUACAGCGAGUUGCUGCUUCAGGAGGAAGAGCAGAUACAAGAAAUGUACGAAGUGAAGGAUGAGACGCCACCCGCAGAGCAAUCCGACCUACAUGCUUCAUACAUGGCUGCUGAAGAGAGAGCCGGACAUACGUACUGACUUCAGCUGUUUGCCUCACUGCAACUAGAACAGUGGUUCAGGGGGCACGUUAUGUGUAUUUCAGUCAUUGUGAGCAGAAAGUUCGAAAGUACCUAAGAAACGUCUUCACGACUUUAUUUUGUAAUUUUUCUGUGCAUGGAAUAAAUAAAGGUUUGUUUAAAAUAAUAAAAAAUCUAUGUACUUUUCGUGUUUAUAAUUCACGAUGCUUUUUAAAAUCAGUGUAGGCAUACAGUUGCGUUCUGAGACAAAGGGAUAUGCAAAGCUUUGUUCUCAAGCCAAGG